AUGGUAGCUAUUCCCCAGAAUCAUGCAACUUAUGAACCAGAGCAUCAGGGCAGAGCCAAGAGGAGGAGGAAAGGUAGGACUCUGGAAGAUAACAGAUGCCACCGAAGAGAAGUGGAAGAGACCCAGAAGCUGAUCUCUGUUUUAAGAAGCCCCCUCGGCCGGCAUCAUGAUACCAUCCACUUUCAUCAACUGUUAUGGCCAGACCCCUCCUGUGAGGUGUGUAAUAGCACAACUUCUGAGAUCAAUCGGUUGCUGUUCCUGCAGUCCCUGGAAGAUUCUACCCCCUUGGCUUCCACAGCUCGUGUGACUUCUUCAUCGUUCACUCUCUCCCCUGACUUCUCAGCAAUCCCUCCAGGAGAGCUAAUAUCAGCUUCUCUACCUAAGCCUUCCCCACCAUCUGCCUCCAUCUUCUCACCUAACCCAGAGAUCCCUGUGGCUGAUUUAUUUCCACCCUCACUACCGCGUGAUUCUUUGCCACUAGAGCCCUUUCCUCCCUUGGAUUCCAAAUUCCCAAUGGACCAUUUCCCAACCCAGCCCCCUGUCUUUCCUCCUGUCCCACCACAUCAUGUCCAUUCAGUGGACCAUAGUGUCCAAAGAGAGACAGUGUCUCUAAAUACCAUCUUCUCUCUGGACCCUACCCUUUCCCAAGAAGUCAGCCCCUUACCAGAGUUGUCUCAGAUGAAUCCCACUGAGACCUUUGCUCAUCAUCACACACCACCAACCUGGUCUACUUCACCACCGCCAGACUGCAAUUUAUCUGUGACUCCAUCUAAACCGAUUUCCAUCUCAAGGAAGCCUGUUCCAGAGAGCUCACCCCCAGAGAGCUCUGGUGGGUUGUCUACUUGUGCCCCAACAAUCAUAGGCAUUGACCCCUCCAGCUUGUCAAUUUUAGACCUCCCUUGGUGACAAACUCAUGCCAAAGACUUCUUCCCUUCAACCCUGCCUCCAUGUGAUUUCCAUCAAGAGUUUCUGGGCUUCCAUUCUUCAGAAGCUUCUUCCAGGGGAGACCCUGCAGCCAAAAGUGUAGAGCCUGGUAACCUCUCACUUCUCAGCCCUGAUGCCCUGGCACUUCUAGAGAAACAAGUCCAAAAGAGGAGUGAUUUCCUCAGGUGGGAAGAAACAAAGGGUUCUUUUCCAAAACAAACAAUUAUCGAUAAGCAUGGUUUGGCAUCCUCCCUUCCUUUCUGCAGCAGCAAAGACCAAUCAAAGGAGCUGCAUAUGCAUCAGCAGCGCCCAUAUCCUACCACCUCGGAAGAGGGCCAUUUACA